AUGUCGAGACGGCAGGAGUAUAUAGGGAAAGUAAACUACAACAACCGUUUGCCUGCGCCGCUGAUUCCACCGAAACUACUGCGGUAUGUGGACGACGACAGAGAGGGCGUUGAUUCGCCGCAAUUGAUCACUUCGCUGUACACGAAGACGAACGUGACGCCGCUGGUGGAGGUCAACAGGGAUCUUGGGAUGCCUCUUGACCUGAUGGGACUCCCCGGUUUGCUGAACAAGAACGAGACGACGCACAUGUACGGGUUUGACAACGUCCGGUUGCAGCCGAGGGAUAGGGUGCUGCUGAGGGACCCGCGGGUCGACAAGCUCACAAAGACGGAUAUGUCGAAGGUCACCUUCCUGCGGAGGACGGAGUAUUUGUCGUCGACGAUUGCCAACUCGCAGCCAUCCACAGCGGCGCAACUGCGGAGGAAAAGAGUUCGUGGACAGGGCGACGACGACGGUGAGGACGACGACACCGCGUUGAACCCGCAAGAUAUCGUUCACAGAGUGGAGGGUACAUUCGAGGUGAUGGACAAGGAUCUGUCGCACUUGCAACAUCCAGUGCGGAAACAAUUGAAGGCGACCAAAGUGUGGGAUUUGCUCCCAGACACCGCAUCGAUGGACCAGAGCUAUUUCAUUUUGAGGAUGAUUGGGUCUGCAGGGUUGCAAUCCCAGGAAGCUGACAAGUUGGCGUUGGACUCUGCAAUCUUUAGACCCGUCGAGCUGGAAGAGGAGGAGUGGAUAUCGAUGUACACGACUGAUAAGCAGGAUUCUGCAACAUUGAACAGGAAGAUCGAGAGAGUCAUCGACGAAAAUAACCUUGCAAGUAAAGGUGGUGACGACUCCGACGACGACAAUGUCUUCAAAUUCAAGAGAUUAAGGGACUUCGACAUGAAACAGGUCCCCACUGUGGAGGGCAGUCAUGGCGAAAUUGCCAUUGUGUUCAACGACGAGAAGAAAACGGCGUACUAUAAACCUCUCCGCAGCAGAAUCGAGUUGAGGAGAAGACGUGUGAACGAUGUCUUCAAACAGCUGGUAAGAGAAAACAACAUCGACCAGUUUAACGUCUCGCUGAGAAACCCAACGACACAUGAGGCCAACAUGAGGGAUAGACUGAGAAUGAAAUACGACCCUAUCAACUUCGUACCUGUAGACGAAGACGGAUUGGACAAUGACAAUGAAGAGGAGGCAGGGGCCGAUAAGGAGCAGGAGGAAGAUAACGAGACGGCAGAUACCACCGUAGGCAAAUAA